GCAACCGAGGUUUCCUUGUAAUCGUACGUGCUUUUUUUCUUGCCCUUGGUUGUUAAUUGUGCUCAGCUUGUCGCGUAUCUUAGCCUAUGCAGUGCUGCUCCUGAUCCCGGCCCAUAUGACUUAUGCUUCUAUAAACAUUUUCAACAUGUUUUCCAGCGACUUCACUUCCAUCGGUCUGUCACAUAGUUCACGCUUUUCCCCCUACUUCCUCCUCCGUUCGCUACCCCUUGGUGGUGGCGUUAGUGGGGCAAGUCUUGUUAUGAUGUGUCAACAUUGUUGUCGCUGUAUUCAUGUUAUCGUUAUGCGUUUCAAGGACAUGCGUAUUAUUUAUAUAUAUCAUGGUUUCGAGAUGCUUUCGAGUGACUAACUCCAAUUUUCACUUGGCUGCUCAGCGCUCCGCCAGUAACCAUUGCGUUGCAAUUGUGGAGAAGCUGAAAAUUGGACCUGACAGGAAUGGUUCAGGACAGGUUGAACUCAUGAAUCCCAGAGAAUGCCGAAGAUCGAACGGACACCUGCGAAGACUCGGAUGUCGAGACACGUUUCGCGGAUAUACCUAGACAAAGGCAAAGGUGAUACGAGAUGGAGUCGAUAUUCACUAUAAACAGACUUACUCGUAUGAAUGGUACCCAAAUGGACGGUAUCCACCCAUGGGACGGGUGGGUUUCUUCACCGAGGGCUUUUACCAUCGAAACACACAACCGCACCGUGCCAGAGCGGCGGUCGGACAAGAUUGGCUGAGUGUAAGAGGAUUCAAGAACUAGGGGACAUAUAAAACAGUCGUUCGUGUCUGGCCGCCACCCUCCACAAUAUUGGAGGAAAUAACCCGGAACCUCUUCGAGCCACACCCACCAGAGUUUCCGCUUCGCAAGGGAUGAACCCCGAGACCGCUUACGAAGGGGAUGCGGACAGUCAAUCGGGCAAAGCACCCUGGUACGGGGUACGUAUCUGAAGGUUGGUCGCCGAGGAA